UAGGGGGAAUGUCAUGUGCGAUAUUUGCUGCCAAAAAGUUACUGAGAAAACAGCUGAAAGACCGGCUCAGACAAAUGACAGAAGCUGACAAAGCAAAGGAAAGCAGUAUCGUCGCCGGAAAAGUUCUUGCGAGUGAGAAAUACAGCAGUUGUCAGAAUAUUUGUGUAUAUGUCUCUAUGUCAGAGGAAGUGUGUACACGUGCGAUAAUAACGAGCAUUCUGGAAACAAAAAAGAGUCUGUUUGUCCCCUACUUUAACAAAGAGGAGAUGGUUAUGGUUAAAAUCAAAGAUUUAGAGGACUAUACGUCUCUUCCUCUGGAUACUUAUGGGGUGAGGCAGCCGACUGAUUAUAAAGUGAGAGAACAUGCUAUUAGUACAACUGGACUAGAUCUCAUCCUCUGUCCUGGUCUUGGCUUCACUAAGGAAGGACUACGAAUAGGAAGAGGUAAAGGUUACUAUGACAACUACCUCACAAAGUACGAGAGUAGGUGGGGUAAGCAGCCGUACACUAUUGCUCUGGCGUACAGUGUACAGAUGUUGGAUAAUGUUCCAACCACUGACUCGGAUAGGACACUGGACCAAGUGAUAUUUGUUUAAAGAAACAGAUAAACUGUGAUUUGGCUAUUUCAGCUUUUCAGAUACUUUUUAAAAGAUUUCUAUAUUUUUUCAGACAUUUUUAUUCGGUUUUGAGACAAUUUGUAUGAUAUGAUUUGCAAUUUUUUAAAUUCCACUAUACUAAAUACCUUUGCUUUUUAAGAUUAUGGUGUUUUGACC